CGAAGAUAGAAAUAUCCUUCCUGGUUUCUAUGGCAAGACUGAAAAGGACACGAUGAAUGGUUUCAACCUGUCUUUCUCGGCUUGUGGAUUUCUUGGAAUAUACCACUUGGGGGCAGCAUCUGCACUUUUAAAACAUGGCCAGAAAAUGUUAAGUGCUGUGAGGCUUUUUGCUGGAGCUUCCGCGGGGUCCCUGGUUGCUGCAGUUCUACUGACUGCUCCAGACAAGAUCAAGGAAAGUAAGGAUUUCAUCUACCAGUUUUCUGAAGAUGUUAGAAAACAAACAUUUGGAGCAUUUACACCGAGAUAUGAUUUUAUGAACUACUUAAGGGAAGGCAUUGAAACUAUUCUGCCUACUAAAGCUCAUGAUGCUGCUCAGAACCGUCUCUACGUAUCAGUCACCAACACCAAAAGUCGGGAAAACUGCUUGAUUUCAAGUUUUGCUUCUAGAGAAGAGCUUGUUAGGGUACUCUUGGCAAGUUGUUUUGUGCCAGUGUAUGCUGGUUUUAAUGCUGUGGAAUAUAAAGGCAAGAAAUGGUUUGAUGGUGGAUUUUCAAACAGUCUUCCUAUUCUGCCAGCUGGGCGAACUGUAACUGUGUCACCAUUUUCUGGUCUCCAUGAUAUAUGUCCUAACGAUAAGAAAUAUGUGGAUAUGUAUUUUAAAAUUGCAAACCAGGACAUACUGAUAUCACCAGCAAAUUGUCAAAGACUCAGCCAUGCAUUGUUUCCACCAAGCCGAGCCAAAAUGGAGUCUGUUUUUCAAGAUGGAUUUGAAGAUGCAGUGAACUUUUUAUGUUCAGAGAAUUUGUAUGAAUAA